AUGGGUAGUAACAAGUUCAGUUGCAGCAACAAGUUCCGCUUUCGUGAAUGUUACUACUGGCUUAUACGGAUAUUGGAAUAUAUAGUUCGCUAUGAGGAAACACAAUUCGUUUUAGUGGUGAGCUUGCUUUCUGUGAUUCAAAAAUUUCCUUUGAGAGAUUUCAAUUUAUCUGCUAUACCUAACAUUAUGACUGCCGUCUCCGAGCGUCGCCUAUUCGUGCAAGAUCCCCAUUCCUUGUCUGUCACCGGCCCUACAUGUGAGCCUGAAACCGUUCACAACACCACGCUGCCACUUAGUAACGCAUCAGUUCCUCUCCCUGGAGUGUUUUCCGUAUCUCCUGUUCAUACACUGUCAUUGAACGCCGUCGAUGAACAUCGCAGUAUACCAACCUCUAUUCCUUCUGACCAAAUCAGUACUGUGGAAACAACAGCUGACACUCGUUUUACUGUGAACUCCGAUGAAGUCUUGUCCGAUGUCACUCAUAGGUCAUUCUCAGAAAUGAUAGCAGAUCGUUCUCUUGGGGGCUGUUCACCUACUCCUUUCUCGUACGCGCCAGAUACUGGACGCCGAAGCGUAGCCGUUGUUGCCCCAAUGUCAGCUUCAAGCUUUGGAUCAUACUCGUCAGACGGAUGUGCUAUUCGACCUUUUGUUUCGGACAGCCUACUGCAUGGUUCUCCUAAUCCACCCCAACUGUUCGACUCCCCCUCUACACUGGUAAAGACCCCCCCGCGGACACCUCUCGUCCCUUCGUUUGAGCCGAGUUCAAAUGAGUGCACUCCGCGAAUACCUUCCUCUCCGCUUCCUCGACAAGAAGCACUUGAAGCCGUGAACGUACUCGACACUGGCACUGCCUUCGACACAGCCGCCACAGUAUUGUCUCCUGCAAACUGCUGUCAAGAAAUCGCAGCUGAACAAGUUUUACCUCCUCUCUCCACUUCUCCUGUCCAAGAAAUUGCGCGGCCGAACAUCACAUCUUUAUCUCACCUUCUGUUUAGUCGUACGAGCAAGCUUCUGCGUCGUUUGACCGGUGCAUUCUCCUACGUUAUACCGACCGGGGACGGCACACAUGCUCGCACUUCGGAGGAGAAAUCUCACGAUCCUGAUUGCGUAGUAGAGCUGGUCAAGCAUCCCAAACGCAACCACAGUUGGCACCUCCAUUACGUUUCACUCGGUAGGUUGGUACACUCGCUACUGCGAAGGAUUCGAGGUGGCCUCAUUGUCUCUCGUCAGAAACGUCUGCGGAUGGCCGAUCGCAGACACUCAGCUCUGUUGCGUGGAGCGGUACGCGAGAGCAUGUGUUUGGGACCGUAUGAUAUCUCUGUUGGAUCGCUGUACAAACCAAAAAUGUCGCUGGCUUGGACUCCUUUACCUUCUGAUAUUGAUUUGGAAGUAUCAGCGUCUAGCUCGCAUGCGGGAGUCUGUCGUAGCUUGUCAGUACUCUCGUUGCCGGCACAUAUCCUACCGACCACAAGUCAUCCGGGAUCUGGUCAAAUCAAACCCGUGUCUUUCACCGAUGUUGAAACUCUACUGCGUACAGUAGUUCGCGAUGUGUCCGCCAUUCACUGGAUUACCAUUUCAACUUCCAGUCGAGCGAGACUACAGCGACUGUUGGGACCGCAAUAA